AUGAGUGCCAGCGUGUUCGAUUCCUGCAGUUUCACGCAUCAGUUCAAGCUCAACUUUUUGGAGACGAAGAAGGUCGCCAUCGGGCACUCAGUCAGCUCCGAGGAUAUCUUCGCUGGUGGGCACCUCUGGAGGAUCUACUGCUACCCGCGUGGGGUUAGGACAGAGGAAAAUGUCAAAGUUGUACAUGAAGACCGCCUCGAGGUGCCACCCUUGGACAUGGGAACCCAUCUCGGCCUCCUGCUGGAUUGCGCAGAGGGUUCUGAUGUCUCAUUCAUCGUCGACGAUCUGUGGCAUAAUAUGUCAGUGGACACAGUUGCUGCCACUUUGAGCUGCGAUGAAACAUACAACUGCCCGCAGCUGAAAAAGAACUGCACUGACUUCAUUGCAGGUGAGAAGAACUUCAAGAAGUUUGUGUUAACAGAUGGUUUCGUUCAGCUGGCGCAACAAUUCCCAUCCAUUCUUGAUGAGCUGAGGGAGAAGGUUGGAGCAUAG